GUGCCGCCAUAUCCGUCCUCAAAAGUUUCAAAAUUUCCAACCUUCGAUCCAAGAUCCGGAAGCUCAAGAUCAACCCACAAAUCUAGCCCUCUUCCCCACGCCACUUCCUCCUUCGAUCCCAUGGCGAUGAACAGCGUUCGAGCCCUGGAAGCUCCGGCGUCCGCCGAAACCCCCGGAGACGCCGCCGCCGACGCAGGGGACGCGUCGGAGGAGGAAAUCGAGAGGCUGGAUUCCGACGUGUCGGAGAUGGCCGAGAAGAUCCUCCAUUACCGCGCGAGUCUCCCCGACCAGCUCAAGCAGGCCCUCGAUCUGCUCAAAUCCGCCGAGCGAUUCGACUUCGCCGGUCCCCCGCCCGGAACUUCGGCGGAUUCCGACCGAGGUGCAGCAGGAAUGAUGGCAGUGGUUGAAAGAGAUGCAGAGAUGUUGAAGAAGGUCCAGUUGCUUAGAGAGAAAACAGCGGUGAAUGCCUCCAUGGUGCCCAUUCUCUUGAAGAGAAUGAAAGACUGUAUUUCGUUGAUUGACAAUUUGAGCACGCAAGAGCACAGCACCAUUCGCAUCCCCUCAUCAUUUAACAGAACAGGAUCGACCAGCUGAAGUAGUAGCUAGCUCAUUGAUUUUGCAGCGCCGCUGUCUUGUACAGCUAGAGUCGAUGUGUCGGGAUUCCUCUCUGGGUUGUGAUUAUAUCCUAAUGGUCUGCUUUUCUACAAACGGUUACCAGCGAGUAGGAGCUUGUCUUUUCUGUUUCAAAAGUUUUCGCCUUGUCACCCUUUGCUGGACUCCCAGUCGGGGUUAACUUGUACAGCAAAUUUAAUUUGACAUGUCGAGUGGUUCAAAUUGGAA